AAAUAUUCAACCCCGUUGCCACGCCCGUCGUUCUAAAACCUCACAAAACCCUAGCAUCUGCAAAGGACAAAUACACGGUCAUUCAGUAGCCAUGGUUGCAAGAACUCCAACCAGAGGGCGUGGCGGCGGUGGGGGUUUUAGGGGAGGCAGGGCAGAUGGAGGGGGGAGAGGCGGAAGAGGAGGCAGGGGUGGUUUUGGUGGAAGAGGUGGCGACAGUGGAAUGAAGAGAGGCGGUGGUCGAAGUGGUGGAAGAGGCGGAAGGGGAGGAAGAGGGGGAGGGAUGAGGGGAGGGAGCAAGGUUAUAGUUGAGCCACAUCGGCAUGAGGGUGUCUUUAUUGGUAAGGGAAAAGAGGAUGCGCUUUGCACCAAGAAUAUGGUUCCUGGUGAAGCUGUUUACAAUGAGAAGAGAAUCUCUGUUCAGAAUGAAGAUGGAACAAAGGUUGAAUACAGAGUAUGGAAUCCUUUCCGCUCCAAAUUGGCAGCUGCCAUUCUUGGAGGAGUCGAUGACAUUUGGAUUAAACCUGGUGCUCGUGUCCUGUAUCUUGGAGCUGCUUCAGGAACUACUGUUUCUCAUGUAUCUGAUCUUGUUGGCCCUACUGGAGUAGUGUAUGCAGUGGAAUUUUCUCACAGAAGUGGUAGGGACUUGGUGAACAUGGCGAAGAAGAGGACUAAUGUUAUUCCCAUCAUUGAAGAUGCAAGACAUCCAGCAAAAUACAGAAUGCUUGUUGGCAUGGUGGACGUGAUUUUUUCUGAUGUUGCUCAGCCCGAUCAGGCAAGAAUUUUAGCACUGAACGCCUCGUACUUUUUGAAAGCUGGAGGCCAUUUCGUAAUAUCAAUCAAGGCAAACUGCAUAGAUUCGACUGUCCCGGCAGAGGCUGUAUUUGCUCAGGAAGUGAAGAAGUUGCAAGCUGAACAGUUCAAACCCAGUGAGCAGGUUACUCUCGAGCCUUUUGAGCGAGACCAUGCGUGUGUUGUUGGGGCGUACCGAGUCCCAAAGAAACAGAAGGCUGCUGCCUAAACAUUGUAGCCUCGAGCACUGGAUUGUGUUGUGAAGUCUGCGUUAUUAUUAUUUAAUCAUAUUUUCAUAUGUAAACAUUAUGUGGGGAAAUCAAGGAUAUUUGAGUCACAAACUUUCUGUUUAGAUCUAUAUAAUGAAGUCUCAGUUUUCAA